AAUGUGACAUGCGCGGUCAUGCGCGGCUCUUGUAAACAACGUAUUUCGCCGAACAACAAACCUGCGCGAGACAAACAGCUCCUCAAGGUCGCUCUGUGUAGCUUCCUGGUUUUCUUUAUUGGGUUCUUAUUAUCGAGAAGGUUAAUCAAUUGCUUCAAAGAUGUUAAGGUUUGCUUCCUGUAUACAAAUCACCAAAACUGCUGGAACACUACUCAGGAGGCCUCUUCCAAGAAGAGCACUGAUUCUGACAAGCACCUUCACAACAAAGAGAUGUCUCAGUACAGUUACUAACCCUGGAAGCAGCCAAUCGCACAAUGCUUACAUGUUGUUUGGCAUACUGACAGGGUCUACACUUUGUGCAGGUCUUCUAUUCAAGAAGGAAACUCUGUCUAGAGAUGUGGUGACAUCACCAGGCCAACAGCUCAACACUGCAAAAAUCUACUCUAAAGAAGAGGUCUCUAAACACAACAAUCGUAAAUCUCGUAUCUGGGUCACAUACAAAGGAGGGGUAUAUGACAUCACAGACUUUAUUGAUGGUCACCCUGGUGGGACUAGCAAGAUCAUCCUGGCUGCAGGUGCAGCUUUGGAGCCAUACUGGGCUAUGUACGCAGUGCACAAAAAAGAGGAAGUCCUAGAGAUCCUGGAAGAAUACCGCAUAGGGGAUCUCGCGCAUGAAGAUCAAGUUAUAGAAUUCAAGGAAGAUGAUCCAUUUAAGGAAGAUCCUGAAAGGCACCCUGCUUUGAAGAAGAACUCUGAGAAACCUUUCAAUGCUGAACCUCCACUGCAGCUCCUGGGAGACAGCUACAUCACACCGAAUGAGCUUUUCUUUGUCAGGAACCACUUGCCUGUUCCUGUAAUUGACCCAAAACUCUACCGAAUAGAGGUUACGGGGGAGGGUGUCCGCACCAUUAAACUGUCCCUUGAGGAGUUGAAGACAAAGUUCAAAAAGCACAAUAUCGUGUCCACUAUCCAGUGCGCAGGGAAUCGCCGCAGUGAUAUGAACAGGGUAAAGAAAGUGAAAGGCUUGGAUUGGAGUGAGGGGGCUAUCUCCACUGCAGAGUGGGGCGGGGCCCUGCUGAAAGAUGUUCUGAAAUAUGCAGGGUUGAGUGAAGACGAUGUUGAGAGGCUCGAGAUCAAUCAUGUUCAGUUUGAGGGCCUUGAUACUGACAUCACAGGAGCAACGUAUGGUGCUUCCAUACCCAUACAGAAAGCCAUUUCGUCUAGAGGUGAUGUCAUACUUGCUUAUGAAAUGAAUGGCAAGGACAUCCCCCGUGACCAUGGGUAUCCAGUUCGAGCAGUAGCUCCAGGAAUUGUUGGUGCCAGGAACGUGAAAUGGGUUUCCAAGGUAAUAUCAAGCAAGGAGGAGAGCCCAAGUCACUGGCAACAGAACGACUACAAAGGAUUCGCACCGUGUACCGACUGGGACACGGUGGACUUUAAAUCAUCUCCUGCUAUCCAGGACUUGCCUGUCACCUCCGCCAUCUGCCAGCCACUUCCCGGUACUCUGAUUUCAAGAGAUGAAGAGGAAAUCACCCUGAGUGGGUACGCAUGGAGCGGAGGUGGGCGGAGGGUUGUGCGGGUGGAUGUGUCACUGGAUGGGGGCAAGAAUUGGUCAAUUGCAACCCUAGAUGGAAAGGAUCAGCCCCCGGGGCGUGCAUGGGCGUGGUCGCUAUGGAGCACGACCCUACCCAUUCCUCCCGAUGCUAACAAGCUGGACGUUGUAUGUAAGGCUGUGGAUGAAUCGUUCAAUGUUCAGCCAGACAGUGUUGCACCCAUCUGGAACUUGCGAGGGGUAUUGUCCAAUGCUUGGCAUCGUGUCAGCGUUAGUAUUGUAGAGGAUGUAGAUUAAAAAUCGUGUCAGUAAAUUAAGUGAAACUUUUUCAAGUGAGCAGGAGUGUUAUAAUAUAUAUGAUGUUCACUCGAGCGUGCGCAUUCGCAAAGGAUAAUACGGAGCUGUAAUAUCCUAUGCAAAUAAAUAUUAUAAAAUUGGAAUUAACAGAAUAUAAGGAAAAUCAUUGAUAAAAAAUUUGUUUCCACUUCCUAGCUGGAACAAAAACAAGAAGGUAAAACGGUAGAGGUCAAUACCCAAAAAGAAUGUAGAAUAGCAGGGUAUUUAAUGGAGUGUUCAAUAGAUACACUGAGUUACAUUGUAGAAUAUCGUUUAGAUAAAAGACAAGCACAAAUUUUGUAGGCUGAGUAUAGAACAAUUUAUUUUGUAGAAUGUUGCAAAGUACAUAUUAUACGGUGCAGCUGUGAAGCUAAUAAAGACGGUGAUCCUGUAAAUAUGACUUAUGCUGGAUGCUAAUCAUCACGUGUAGGGGAAAGUAAUAAAAUAGUUGAUGGUAA